GAGUCGCCCUCUGUGUGCCUCAUAUGUGACUAAUGGUAUGAAUUGAGGCAUUCGUUUGUAUGCAUUGAAUAUCCGUAUCCUUUGGUAUGAAUCGCCAUUUGAAUGAGUGGUUUGUGUUGACUCUCAUCUCUACUCCGCUAUAAUAAGCUAUCAAUUACUGCAAUAGUUUAGCGUACAGUAUAUGACACACACUCUCUCUCAUAGGCUAUAGUCGUCUCUCUCUCUCUCUCUCGUCUAUAUUACUAUCGCUUUCACUACACGUCUUCAGUGUUGAGUCCGUCGAAACGAAUUGUGUUAAUUGUGUUUCUCAUAACAGUAUAAGACAUACAAUGGCUGACUAUUACGACAAUAUGGGGGACGUGUCGGCCGCCAAUGGGUUGGCCAAAGCCAACGAUGAGGACAGGAAACUGUUUUUAGGAGGACUGAGUUGGGAUACCGAAGAACAGGAUAUCCUGAACUACUUCAGCAAAUUUGGUCAAAUCGCAAACGUGAACAUCAAAUACGAUAGUAUGACCGGAAAGCCGCGCGGCUUUGGGUUCAUAACGUUUAACAACCAGUCGUCGAUCGAUCAGGUGUUGGCCGGCGGUCCGCAUAUGAUUAAGAACAGAGCCGUUGACCCGAAGAGACCCCGAACUAAACCCGCGUUCAAAAAGAUAUUCGUCGGCGGAGUGGACGCCGAUAUGUCUAAGGAUGACAUUAAGGCCUAUUUCGAGCGCUUCGGAACGGUGGAGGGAAUUGAGUGCCCAUUCGACAAGCAAAGGGGUCGAAGGCGUGAGUUUUGUUUCAUCAUAUUUGACACCGAAGAGGCAGCGGAAGCGGCCGUCUCUGAGCCCAAACAGUUGGUCGGCAACAAGGAGUGCGAUAUCAAAAAAGCACAGCCGCCGCGAUUCCAAGGGGGCGCAGGCGGUGGUGGCGCGGGUGCCGGCGGUGCUCACGGCGGUGCCGGUGGCUCGCGGAACGGGCAACAGAGCUUCGGCGGCGGUGGCGGCGGAAGCUAUGGCAACCGAAACGGUUGGUCCGCCGGCUAUAGCGACCGGUCGAACGGCUCCUGGAAUAAGAGUUCAGGAUUCGGUCAGGAAGGCCAGUACGGCGCCUACCCUUACAAAACAUACACAAACUCUAAUUAUUAUCCCGCAAACUAUUAGUUACGAUACAAUACAACUCUAAAAAACAUUUUUAAUCAAACUUUAAAUAUAUUCAUUGUAUCUGUAGUUUGAUUUCUCGUUUUUUAUAUUAUUAAUUUCAACACUUUUUCUCUUUCUCUCUCUUUUUUGUUUAUUGAAACCUGAAAUGUGAACGUUUUUACGAUAAUAGCAACUCCGGCCCAUCUGCCCCUCUCCUCCCCCUUUGCCUCCCAUAUAUUUCUAAUAUUUUCCUCAUUUUGAUUCAUAUAAUGAAAUAAUUCAACAAUUAUUGAGCACAAGAUUCCAUAAAAGCGUCGAAGUCUUCGGAUAACUAUUUAAAACAAUUGUAUUUUUAAGUGUAAUUUUUGAAGACUUUAAAUAAGACAUCAUUUGCUAUGAGUUUGUCAUCCGUUCCGAUGAAAAUUAUUUAUGAUUUCUUUUAAUAUUAUUAAUUAAUAUUUAGCUCUGAGUUCGUCGUCUUC